AUGGCGGCCUGCGCGGCGGGCCGGGCGGCGCUGCGGCUGGUGGGGCUGCUGGCGGCGGCGGCGGCGGCCCUGGCCGGCCGGAGCCAAGUGCGGGCGCUGAGCGACGGGACGUGGCGGGAGCUGCUGGAGGGGGAGUGGAUGGUGGAGUUCUAUGCUCCUUGGUGUCCUGCUUGCCAGAACUUACAGCCCGAAUGGGAAAGCUUUGCUGAAUGGGGAGAGGACCUUGAGAUUAACGUUGCAAAAGUGGAUGUGACGGAACAGCCAGGGCUGAGCGGACGGUUUAUCAUAACAGCGCUCCCAACCAUCUACCAUUGCAAAGAUGGCGAAUUUAGGCGGUACCAGGGUCCGCGGACCAAAACAGACUUCAUCAACUUCAUCAGUGACCAAGAAUGGAAGUCCAUUGAGCCUGUUUCUUCUUGGCUUGGCCCGUCUUCGUUCCUGAUGAGCAGCAUGUCGGCCCUCUUCCAGCUCUCCAUGUGGAUCAGGAACUGUCACAACUACUUCACGGAGAACCUCGGCAUGCCGGCCUGGGGGUCCUACGCCAUCUUUGCCUUGGCGACUUUGAUCUCGGGACUGGCGCUGGGGCUGCUGAUGGUGUUUCUGGCCGAUUGUCUGUGCCCCUCCAAGAGGACCAGGCCGCCUCCGUACCCGUAUCACAAAAAAUUACCGGAGCCUGCUGAGCCCUGGAAGCAGCCGGUGCAGGAGGCUGAGCCAAGAGGCGGUGGUGAUUCCGAGGAUGAGCCGGAGAGCCAAGAGCCCCCCAACCCUUUGCCGAACACACUGCGGCAGCGAGCCGCCCCCACCGGAGAGGAGAAGUCGUAG